AACAGAAGAAUCAAGAAAAGAGAAACAGAAUGAAGAAAAAGUUCUCUAUUUUCAUUUUCCUUCUCAAUUUUCCCGAGAAACUAGAACCAAACGCUGAUCAAAAUUGAAAAAUCACAAACCAAAAAUCAACUCAAUCAGAUCCAAAAUUCGCAUCAAUUCCAAUUCUUUAAUCCCAGUUAACGAAAUUAUCAUCAUUGACCAAUUGGAAUUACCCCCAAAAUAUGUGAAUUGAAAUGGGUUUGUGUUGAUUUGGAAGAAAUUGAGAUGGAAAGGGAAAAAUGGAAUGAGAAUAAUUCAAAUGGGUAUUUUGAAAAUCAAGUUUUGUGUGAUUAUGAUCGAGAAUCAGUUACGAUGUCUUCAUCUUCAUCUCCACCCAGACUUGGUUACAUUGAACAUCAUGUAUCUAAAUUUGAUACAUUGGUUGGUAUUGCAAUCAAAUAUGGUGUUGAGGUUACAGACAUCAAAAGGAUGAAUAGCCUUGUUACUGAUCAUCAGAUGUUUGCACUUAAAACUGUUCAAAUUCCAUUACCUGGAAGACACCCUCCGUCUCCUUGUUUAUCAAAUGGUUCCAUUACUCCAGGAAAUGGUAACUCUACUCACAGUCCACCUGACAAUGCGCACCGUGAACUGCUUGAAUCAUUUCAGUCCACAAAAUUGAAGUCUUCUGAUCGGAAGGUCUCUCCAGCCAUGAUCUCACUACAGGGUUAUUAUGGACUUCCCUCUAAUCCAUCAGAAAAUGGUUCAUCAUCCAAGAACUCGCCUAAUUCUUACCGUCCCUUGAGUCGUCACCGAAAAUCCAAAAGUUUGGUCAAUGUUAUUUUGGAAGAGAUUAUGGAAAAGGAUGAUACUGCACCAGGUGCACAACCCUGGGAACUUAGCUCUGUUAAACGGAAUGACAAACUUGUCCAGAGGCGUCAGAAAUCUGUAGCCGACUUUAGCAGAAUACCAGAGUUGAUUCUGAGGGAGGAUAAUAGCAGCAGUGGUGGUCUUCCUUCAAGAACAGGAAAGGGUUUAGCUUUGAGACAGAAAGCAGCUAGCCGAACUCCAUUGCCAAUUGAUUCUGAAUCAAGUGGGUUGGUUCCUGUGCCAAUGAGUAUGGGGGAUGAUGUUCAAACUGAUUGUUCAUCUGGUGUGAAGAAAUCAUCCAGUACAUCUUGUUUGCAUGAUCAGGAUAAUUGUAGCUCAUCCAUUUGGCCAUCCAAAAUGUGGAAUUUGAAACCAGAUUUACAGGCCCUUUCAACUGCAGCCAUUAAAAAACCAAUCUUUGAUGGCUUACCUAAGCCACUAACUGGUAGAAGGAAUAAAGCUGCACUUGAUUAAUAUAUAAUAAUUUAUCAAAUCAAUUUUGAUCCUUUUUUUGUGAGUAAAGGAAUCAUUAGCUGCCACAUCAAUGGGUAGGUUGGAAAAGUAAAACAGUGUACAAGAGAAAAAAAUAUCAAACAUCAUAUUCUCUCUUUGAAUAGGGCAAUGUUUUUAUGCCAGAAAAUACUUCCAAUUAAUUUAUUUUUAAAACAGUCUUGGGUGACCUUGUUGUGGUCAUAAAUGUAGGACUGGGGGACCUUGAACAUUAUAUCAUUCAACCAUUUUUUUGUAUGGUCAUAGUGAUACUUUUAGGAAAUAGAUUCCCUGUGUUAAGCAAUCAAUCAUUGUAGCUUUGCCUCGGUUGUUGAUAAAGAUCAUAUGAUUGAGAUUUUGAGUUCUUAAUUUUCCAAGAUCACAAUGUAAGUCAUCUGAUCUCUAUCUAACAACUUAGAUUGAUCAAUAACACAAGGAAAUUCCAACCCUUGGUAGUUGGGAUCCAUUCUUUUAGGGGUUUGGUCACCUUAGACCUUAUGGUGACAAGUAAAUGUACUAGUUUGAAAUGUGUCUAGAACUUGGCGAAAACAAGUUACAUGUAUUGAUAUGUAUUUGUGUAGUGGUAUCUCUUUGCAAUUUCACUUCUCAAAUCUUAUUUUUGAA